AUGCGCAGCAUCAUCCAACCAACCGCCUCCUCCAAAACCCUCACCCUAACAAACACCCCUCUCCCAACCCCGAACCACGCACAGGGAGAGCACAUAAUUCAAAUAAAAGCCUGCAGUCCCUGUGCCGGUGAGCUCCUCUGGCCAGCAAACUUCCCCCCGUCCACAGCGCGCACUCUAAUCCCAUGCCCGGACAUGGCGGGAAUCGUCACCUCAGCACCGGAAGACUCGCCUUUCCAGCCCGGCGAUGAGGUAUACGCGCGUACAAACUAUGUCCGACCAGGUAAUGCGUGCGAGUAUUCCAUCGCCGUUACGGCUGAGCUGGCACACAAGCCCAGGGGUCUAAGCUGGGUCCAGGCUGCUGCGGUUCCUGUCUCCGCCGAGACGGCUUGGCAGGUUCUUUUUGUUCAUGCCCUUGCUGGGGGAAAUGGGGAAGAGAUCGAUAUGGACGCCGCCAAACUUGCUUGGAGUGGGAAGAGAGUGCUUGUCACUGGUGCUUCUGGUGGCGUGGGGAUUUGGCUUGUGCAGCUGGCGACUUUGCUUGGUGCGGAGGUGGUGGCGACGUGUGGUCCCCGGAAUGUGGAGUUUGUGGGGUCACUUGGGGCGAAGGAGGUGCUUGAUUAUCGGGUUGUGGACUUGAAGGAGUGGGCACAGUUGCCUGCAAAUAAGGUGGAUGUUGUUGUUGAUUGUGUUGGGGGGAAGGCUCUUGGGGAUGCGUGGUGGACUGUUAAAGAUGGCGGUGUUGUGCUGAGUAUCUCCCAGCCACCUUUGCAGGUUUGCCCGGAUGACUUCAAGGGCGAAAGCGUAAGAGACUUGUUCUUUAUUAUGCAACCUGUGAGGAGGCAGUUGGAGGAGAUUUCCAAGUUGAUUGAGAAGGGGGUGUGUCGUGGGUUGGUGGAUAGUGUCUGGCCUCUUGAGCAGUACGAAGAGGCAUUCAAGAGACUGGAUGGAGGCCAUGCGAGGGGGAAGAUUGUCUUUGAUCUGUCACUGAAUCACUAG